CCGGUCUACAGAUCGCCUUAUUGACUUUAAAGUUGGACAACCUGGAUCUGGAUCUGAACCCAGCUGUGUGUCCAUGAAGAGUGACCGGUCUAUGGGUUUCCCUUUUUAACUUUAAAGUUGAACAACCUGGAUCUGGGCCUGAACCCAGCUGUGUGUCCAUGAAGAGUGUGACCGGUCUAUGGGUCUUCCUGAGAACUUUAAAGUUGGACAAGCUGCUGAUGGAAGAGUUCAGCAGGAGAGCUCAGAGGGCCUCAGCGGUCAGUCUGACCCACAGCAUCAAACAGACCUGGACUCCAUAUUUAUGCUGCUGGAGGAGAACAUCGUCACUUUUGUAAAGAACGAGCUGAAGAAGAUCCAGAAAGUUCUGAGUCCAGAUUACCCAGAAUGCUUAGAGAGUCAGAGGGAGGAUGAUGAGGUGUUGGAGGAUGAGGAUGAAGAGCAGAGGAGGAGAAGCAGAGAGGAGUUUCUGAAUAUCACAAUUAACUUCCUGAGAAGAAUGAAGCAGGAGGAGCUGGCUGACUGUCUAAAGAGCAGAACUGGUGCUACAAUGUGCCGACGUAAUCUGAAGUCUAACCUGAAGAAUAAGUUCCAGUGUGUGUUUGAGGGGAUCUCUAAAGCAGGAAACCCAACCCUUCUGAAUCAGAUCUACACAGAGCUCUACAUCACAGAGGGAGGGACUGCAGAGGUCAAUGAUGAACAUGAGGUCAGACAGAUUGAAACAGCAUCCAGGAAACCAGACAGACCAGAAACAACAAUCAGACAAGAAGACAUCUUUAAAGCCCCACCUGGAAGAGAUGAACCAAUCAGAACAGUGCUGACAAAGGGAGUGGCUGGCAUUGGGAAAACAGUCUUAACACAGAAGUUCACUCUGGACUGGGCUGAAGACAAAACCAACCAGGACAUCCACUUCACAUUUCCAUUCACUUUCAGAGAGCUGAAUGUGCUGAAAGAGAAAAAGCUCAGCUUGGUGGAACUUGUUCAUCACUUCUUUACUGAAACCAAAGAAGCAGGAAUCUGCAGGUUUGAAGAGUUCCACGUUGUGUUGAUCUUUGACGGUCUGGAUGAGUGUCGACCUUCUCUGGACUUCCACAACACUGAGAUCCUGACUGAUGUCACAGAGUCCACCUCAGUGGAUGUGCUGCUGACAAACCUCAUCAGGGGGAAACUGCUUCCCUCUGCUCGCCUCUGGAUAACCACACGACCUGCAGCAGCCAAUCAGAUCCCUGCUGACUGUGUUGACAUGGUGACAGAGGUCAGAGGGUUCACUGACCCACAGAAGGAGGAGUACUUCAGGAAGAGAUUCAGAGAUGAGGAGCAGGCCGGCAGAAUCAUCUCCCACAUCAAGACGUCACGAAGCCUCCACAUCAUGUGCCACAUCCCAGUCUUCUGCUGGAUCUCUGCUACAGUUCUGGAUCUGUUGAAAACCAGAGAGGGAGGAGAGCUGCCCAAGACCCUGACUGAGAUGUACAUCCACUUCCUGGUGGUUCAGUCCAAAGUGAAGAACAUCAAGUACGAUGGAGGAGCUGAGACAGAUCCACAGUGGAGUCCAGAAAGCAAGAAGAUGAUCAAGUCUCUGGGAAAACUGGCUUUUGAUCAGCUGCAGAAAGGAAACCUGAUCUUCUAUGACUCAGACCUGACAGAGUGUGGCAUCGAUAUCAGAGCAGCCUCAGUAUACUCAGGAGUGUUCACACAGGUCUUUAGAGAGGAGAGAGGACUGUACCAGGGCAGGGUGUUCUGCUUCGUCCAUCUGAGUGUUCAGGAGUUUUUGGCUGCUCUUCAUGUCCAUCUGACCUUCAUCAACUCUGGAGUCGAUCUGAUGACAGAAGAACAAUCAACCUCCUGGUGGUCUGAAUUGUUCGAGGGCAAAUCAAUUCCUCUCUACCAGAGUGCUGUGGACAAGGCCUUACAGAGUCCAAACGGACACCUGGACUUGUUCCUCCGUUUCCUCCUGGGUCUUUCUCUGGAGACCAAUCAGACUCUCCUCAGGGGCCUGCUGACACAGACAGGAAGUAGCUCACAGACCGACAAGAAAACAUCCCAGUACAUCAAGAAGAAGAUCAGUGAGAAUCGUUCUCCAGAGAGAAGCAUCAACCUGUUCCACUGUCUGAAUGAACUGAAUGAUCGGUCUCUAGUGGAGGAGAUCCAACAGUCCCUGAGAUCAGGAAGUCUCUCCACAGAUAAACUGUCUCCUGCUCAGUGGUCAGCUCUGGGUUUCAUCUUACUGUCAUCAGGAUCAGAUCUGGACGUGUUUGACCUGAAGAAAUACUCUGCUUCAGAGGAGGCUCUUCUGAGGCUGCUGCCAGUGGUCAAAGCCUCCAACAAAGCUCUGCUGAGUGGCUGUAACCUCUCAGAGAGAAGCUGUGAAGCUCUGUCCUCAGUCCUCAGCUCCCAGUCCUCUAGUCUGAGAGACCUGGACCUGAGUAACAACGACCUGAAGGAUUCAGGUGUGAAGCAUUUUUCUGCUGGACUGAAGAGUCCACACUGCAGGCUGGAAACUCUCAGUCUGUCAGGCUGUAUGAUCUCAGAGGAAGGCUGUGCUUCUCUGGCCUCAGCUCUGAGCUCCAACCCCUCCCAUCUGAGAGAGCUGGACCUGAGCUACAAUCAUCCAGGAGACUCAGGAGAGAAACUUCUGUCUGCUGGACUGAAGGAUCCACACUGGAGACUGGAGACUCUCAGGGUGGACCAUGGUGGACUGCAGUGGUUGAGACCUGGUCUGAGGAAGUAUGUCUGUGAACUGGAACUGGACACAAACACAGUAAACAGAAACCUCAAACUGUCUGACAACAACAGGAAGGUGACAUAUGUGGAGGAGGAUCAGUCAUAUCCUGAUCAUCCAGACAGAUUUGACUACUGGUGUUUCCAGCUGCUGUGUAGAACUGGUCUGACUGGUCGCUGUUACUGGGAGGUCGAGUGGAGAGGAACAGCUUUUAUAUCAGUGAGUUACAGAGGAAUCAGGAGGAGAGGACGCAGUGACGACUGUUGGUUUGGAGAGAAUGAUCAGUCCUGGAGUCUGUACUGCUCUGAUGAUGGUUACUAUGUCAGCCACAAUAACAGCAGCACACACCUCUCCUCCUCCUCCUCCUCCUCCUCCUCCUCCUCCUCCUCCUCCUCCUCCUCCUCCUCCUCUGGUAGAGUAGCAGUGUAUGUGGACUGUCCUGCUGGCUCUCUGUCCUUCUACAGAGUCUCCUCUGACUCUCUGAUCCACCUCCACACCUUCAACACCACAUUCACUCAACCUCUUUAUCCUGGGUUUGGGUUCUGGUCACCUGGUUCCUCAGUGUCUCUGUGUCCUCUGCAGGUCUGAGAGUCUCUCCUGUGGACAGAAACUCUGCUGACUGAAAUCAAAGUUCAGUCUGUUCACCAUCACUCACACUCUGCACUGUGAAGCAGAUCUGUCUCAGACUCAAACACAAAACAUUCAUUUGUCUGAUUUCAUCUCUUUGCUGAUCAACAUGUUUCACUAGAAACACUUCCUGAUGUGUAACAUCUGCCUCCUCCCUGGUGCUGUGAUUCAAAGUGACUCUGUGGGACACACUGUAUAAACAAUGUAAAGUGUAUCUGUGUCCAUGUACACAUGCUGUAAUAAACUUGUAUUAAAUUGUAUGUGUUUUUAGGGACGGUGCAGGAAGCUUUGUGAAGCUUUGAGGCUUCAGACUCAGCAGCAGCACAGUGACAUCUGCUGGUUUAUAAACCUCACAGCAGCGUAAAUAUUUACAGAAAAAGUAUAUUUUUAGUAACAUUUUUUUUUCUUUUAGCUCUAUUGAUGCAUUUUGCACCCUUUGAACACCUUCGUGGCUAAAAUGUACAUGCAUAAAUAAACUGCUAUUAAAUCCCCAUACAUCAAUA